CAUGCCCAAGAAAGUGGAAAAGAUUAAGAAAACAAACUCAGUUGAUCAUGCGGAGCAUACCGAUAAAAAGGAUGUAAAGAAGGAAAAGGGAAAGGAUAGAAAGCAUUCCAAUCCAAAUGUAAAGCAUCAUAUAAAACCUCAGACUAAACGCAGAAAUUCGGUUGAUGGAAAAAAAUCUGACAAAGGUCAUCAUAAUCAUCAUCCGCCUACUCAUCAUAAGAAGGCCGAAACUUCGCAAGUUAAGCAUCACGAAAGUAAGAGAAAGGAGAGUGAACACCACGAGGAUAAGGCGGAGAAUAAAGCGGUUGAGGAUAUUGUAGAAGAUGGCGGUGAAGAUGGAGAUGCGGAAGAUGACGAAUGA